UUCAGUAGUGCAUCAGGAUUUAAAGGUCUCGGUUACGGCCUUAAAGGAAGAAGCAUCGAUUCAGCUGAAGAAGGUCUUUUCCUGCAAACAAAAUUCAAAGGAUAUGGCCAGGAUGGUAGCAUGGCACAGUCACAGCUUUCACAAGAGCAAACAGGUUUAAAAGGGACCACGCUUACAAGUUUUAAAGGGGCCACACUUUCAAGUACAAAAGGGGCCAUGCUUUCAAGUACAAAAGGGGCCAUGCUUUCAAGUACAAAAGGGGCCAUGCUCUCAAGUACAAAAGGGGCCAUGCUCUCAAGUACAAAAGGGGCCAUGCUCUCAAGUACAAAAGGGGCCAUGCUCUCAAGUACAAAAGGAGCCAGGCUUUCAAGUGCAAAAGGGGCCAUGCUCUCAAGUACAAAAGGAGCCAUGCUUUCAAGUGCAAAAGGGGCCACGCUUUCCAGUGCAAAAGGGGCCUCACUUACAAGUUUAAAAGGGGCCUCGCUUUGUCGUAUGGGACAAGAAUCUCAACUGAAAUCCCUUGGAGAACUAAAGUCCCAAGAAGCCCAAGUAAAAUCCUAUAGUCAACAAAAAUCCUUUGGUGGCCAAGUAAAAUCCUUUGGUCAACAAAAAACCCUUGGUGGCCAAUUGAGCUAUGCACAGAUGAAAUCCCAAGAAUCUCAAAUGAAAUCCUUCGGAGGACUACAGUCCUCCAGUGGACAGCUAAAAUCCCAAGAUGCCCAGUUGAAAUCCUAUAGUCAACAAAAAUCCUUUGGUGAAGAAGCCCAACUGAAAUCCUUUGGAGGACUACAGUCCUCCAGUGGACAGCUAAAAUCCCAAGAUGCCCAAUUGAAAUCCUAUAGUCAACAAAAAUCCUUUGGUGAAGAAGCCCAACUGAAAUCCUUUGGAGGACUACAGUCCUCCAGUGGACAGCUAAAAUCCCAAGAUGCCCAGUUGAAAUCCUAUAGUCAACAAAAAUCCUUUGGUGAAGAAGCCCAACUGAAAUCCUAUGGCCAACAAAAAUCCCAACAGUCACAAUUAGCCUAUAGCCAAAUGAAAGCCAGUAGUCUCCAACAAAAAUUCCAUGGUCAAGAAAAAUCCCUAAAAGGUUUUUCUCAACAAUCUCAACAAAAAGGAUUUUCCAUGGAUGAAGAAAUGUCACAGCAGCGUAAACAUUAUGAUGAGGAGGAGCAAUCUGCACAACAAAAGUCUACCCAGCAUGUCAAGUCAGAGGAAGACUUAGCCCAAUUUGGACAACAACGGCAAUUUGGACAAGAAAACUCACAAGCCUAUAAAGGAUAUCUUGAACAGUUCAAAAGGAAAUCUCAGGAUAGCUUUCUUACAAAGGGAGGGGCAGGCCUAUUUCAAAGUCAACAAAAGGUAUAACGUAUUCACUGACCAACUAAAGACCAA